GUGUACAGAGUACGUAUUCCGUACGGAGACUGCAGCUGGAAAAGUCAUACCCGCAACGCUGUCUCUCCAGCUCCGUCGGCCCGAAGAGGAAACGACGUCAUGCACAUGCUAUCUCUUUCUUUCGCUCUCCCUUCCCCUGGCUUUGCUCUCUCCCCCAGGAAACCGACGAAGUGCUUCAGAAUCAUCUACAAUAUAUCACAACGUGAGGAUUGACUCUGUACGUCACAAUAUAUCACAACUUGAGGAUUGACUCUGUACGUCGGAGAAUAUUGUUCGACCCUGUCAAUAUGCUCUCCAACAGCUUGGUACGGUCAGCGUUCGGUGCUUCCCGCAGCCGCGUCGGAGGACUGAGUUCCAGAGUCAGAGUCUCUGCGUCGCUCACUGCGCCGACGCAAAAUCAAUGGCAAGAAUUCAAUUGCCGUCACUCAGUGGAGAGCAAAAGGUGGAUCUCGGUCUACGGGUACACCCAGGCUAAGGCCCUCGUUUAUUCUCGUUACGGGGAACCUAAGGAUGUUCUGCAGCUUCACAAGCAUUCUAUAUCGGCGCCCCAUGGAACCCAAGUCAACCUUCGUCUACUUGCUGCUCCGCUAAAUCCAGCUGAUGUGAACCAGAUCCAAGGCGUCUAUCCGAGUAAGCCACCCUUCCAGACAUCGCUUGGUACACAAGCACCGUGCGCUGUAGCCGGUAACGAAGGCGCGUUUGAGGUCAUCGCUACGGGCUCACAUGUCACCAACCUCAGCAAGGGAGAUUGGGUGGUAAUGAAGCAGACUGGACAGGGGACCUGGCGCACUCACGCUCAGAUGGACGAGUCUCAACUGAUCAGAAUCGAAAAUAAGGAAGGCCUGACCCCGCUUCAGAUCAGUACCGUCAGCGUGAAUCCUGUGACCGCGUACCGGAUGAUCAAGGAUUUUUGUGACUGGGACUGGAUGCGCGCUGGGGAAGAAUGGUUGAUUCAAAAUGGAGCAAAUAGCGGUGUUGGACGAGCUACCAUCCAACUGGCGCGAGAAUGGGGCAUCAAAACACUAAAUGUUGUGCGGGAACGGAAGACGCCCGAGGAGACCGAAAAAUUGAAGCAGGAACUGCGUGACCUGGGCGCGACGGCCGUAGUGACAGAAGCCGAGCUGCUCUCCGGCGAAUUCAAGAAUCUUGUGCAUGAUCUUACACGCAAGGGGAGGGAGCCAAUCCGGUUGGCCCUGAACUGCGUUGGCGGGAAAAGCGCGACUGCGCUAGCCAAAACGCUUGCACCGGGCUCGCGUCUAGUCACAUAUGGAGCCAUGUCGAAGCAGCCGGUUGCCCUGCCAUCCGGUCUGCUCAUAUUCAAGGAUCUUGUUUUUCAUGGUUUCUGGGUCAGCAAAUGGGGCGACAAGAACCCACAGCUCAAGGAAAACACUAUCAAUGAUGUGUUGCAGUUGACCCGGACAGGCAAGUUCAAGGAUAUUCCCGUGGAGGAGCUUAAAUGGCGUUGGGACACAGAGUGUGCGGAGCUUGUAGGGGGCGUGCAGGAAACACUCAGUGGCUUCCGGAGUGGAAAGGGCUUGCUCCGGUACGAGGCAGAGGAAUGA